AUGCCGCGGCAUGUCGUUGUGGUGGACCCCAAAAGCGACUCGCCAGUGCAUAACAGUGCAACAGACGAGGCGGGUUUCACAGUGAUAGAACUCCAGCAGGAAGAAGGGGAGGAGGAGGGGAUACGGAGGCAAGGCGUACAGACGGAAAAGGGGGCACCGCGUCGGUGCGACCCCUAUGCCAUGGGGCAACGNGGAGGGGAUACGGAGGCAAGGCGUACAGACGGAAAAGGGGGCACCGCGUCGGUGCGACCCCUAUGCCAUGGGGCAACGCCUGCCGCACUCACACGGCGAUGCAUUGGCGAAGCAGCAGCAGCAGCAUCGGCGGCAACGCUGGGAACUGCCCAGGCUGAUGCCGCAAUCUUCAAGGAGGAACAGGAGGCGGAGCGGCAGCAACAACAGCAGCUGCAGCAGCAGCGGCAUGAGUCCACCGACUGUCCCACAGUGUGA